GUCAGCUGCUCACCUGACUACGCUGUCCCAACUUUUCUCAUUUGGGAUGAUGCUCCACCCAACAAUGAGAUUGGGAUUGCAUAAAAAACAAUUAUAGAAAAAAAAAUCAUAUAUGAUAUAUAAUAUAUAGACUAGGGAGCCAGGUUCCCUCCAGGCUUCAAGUAUGCCUUGAUGGUUCUGUAUUUCCCGAUCGGGGUCUUCUUGAUUGUGUGCAGGGUGCUCAUUGCUCUGCACACCUACAUGGUGGUGUGUCUCAUGCCAAGAGCAGCCGCCAGAAGGCAGUUUGUUCGAGGUAUGUUUGGAGUGUUGGGUGUCCAUAUCUGGGUGGAGGAAGACCCAUCUACAAUCUCUGAUACACCCAGAGUACUCGUCUCUAACAACACAUCUGUUCUCGACCAUUGUGUCAUCGACGUAGUCAUAAGUCAUUUUGUGCCUUAUCAUAGCAACGUUCCAAAGCCACUGCAGUGGGUCCUGGGAUAUAAAGACCUAGUCACUGGGGUUUGCAAGGAAAAUAUUCCACGAGACCUUCGAAACUUUAUUCAAGAGCACAAGAUCCCAUUAUUGAUCCAGCCCGAGGGAGCUACCACUAAUGGCUCGGGACUUCUCAAGUUUAACCCACUGGCGUUUGAGCUGCAGCUCGCUGUGCAGCCGGUUUCUAUUCACCUAUCGCGGCUCUCAUUUCCCUGCGCAUUAUCAACCAUGGACAGCCCGCGCUGGACUGACGUGCUCUGGUGCUUCUUUGCACCUGUCACUGUGUACAAACUCAAAACACACCCAUUAAUGGUAAAAAAUGAAGAAGAAAGCGUGGAAGAUUUUGCUGAGAGGGUUCGCGAGGUGAUCUCCACAGCUCUUACUAUAGAACGUACAGACUUAACGGCGGCUGAUCUUGCCGAACACGUGAAACGAUUGAAGAGCAGUCCUCAAACUAUCACUAGAACAAAACCCAUGCCCUCCCAGCCUGCGGGUAACUAUGGUAACUCUGGGAGCUGCGUUGACAGCCUGGACUCGGAGCUACGUAGAAUGAUACAGCAAGUGAAGGACGUACUGCCUCAGGUUCCUGUCAUUGCAGUAAAAAAGGAUCUUGAAAUUACAAAAGAUGUGGAUGCCACCAUUACAAACAUUCUGGAAGGUAGGGUGGAAUAUUGUGAGGAAGAGGUAAAACCAGUCACAUCUGCAUCAUCACCCACUUGUGUUCUGGAUAAGGAUUCAACCCUUUUUAGAGCCUCAUCGUUUUCCCGAAACCCAAAUGAUAGACAUUUGUCCUUAGAAGAUAGAAAACGCUUGAUGCUGGAAACUGCACGUCUUCGAUACAAAGAAAAACACAAUGUUCCCUUUAAUUGACAGUGGUUGACUGGUUGACUGGUAAAAGCAAUUGUUGAAUCAGGCUAAGUAGAUAUUAAGAUACUUUUUUUCACUUGGCAAAAAAAUGGCGAAGAAUGUGUGUCAAUGUUGAAUGUCCGAUAUUGGUUCAACAGUAAAACAUUUGGUGAAUUGUGUUUUUACAUAUUGUGUUAGAAAUUUAAAUUUAAAAUGUGGCUGAAUAUAGAUUCUUUGAAGAUAGUGAUCAAGAAAGUAGACCUGUGCAGUGAUCAAGAAAGUAGACCUGUGCUGUAACAUUGGAACAGUUAUCUGAAAUUGUUGGAACUUAAUGAGCCCCGUUCUGGAAAAACCGGGCUUAAUGCAUGUGCGUAAAGUGUCAUUCUAGAUAAGCUUGUGAAGUCCACACAGGCUUAUCAGAGAGGACACUUUCUGCUUUAAAUGGAAUUUAUCAUUUUGAAGAAAGUCUCUUCUUUGCAAUAAUCCAGAGUAGACAGAAAGUGGCAACCCUGAUAAGUCUGCGCACACUGAACUGGCUUAUUUGGGACUUAAAACACUUUAAACACAUGCAUUAAGCCUGGUUUUCCCAAAAUGUGGCCUGGAGAUGUUUAGGUAUAUACAGGUUUUGUUGCUAUCUUACCUUAUUGAAUGCAAAUAAUUUUUGAGUCUUUCUUUGAAUAAUUACAUGUUAUUCUAUAAGUGAGCCUUUGCAUUGCCAAAACAGGGUUUAAUGCAUGUGUGUAAAGUGUCGUUUAAGAUUAGCCUAGGCAGUCCCUACAGGUUCAAAAAGGAUGACACUGUCCAUUUGUAUCGUACUUAUCGUUUAAAGGAUGUAUCUUUUAAAUGAAAAUCCAGAAUAGUCGUCCCCGAUUAUGUGGUGAAUUCAGAGGCUUGCCUGGGAUUACCCUUUGCGCACAUGUUUUAAGACAAGUUUUUUGCAGAAAGUGGCUCUAUUAUGCUCACAUAUGUUUGGGUUUUCAUACUAUCUUAACCUGAUUGAAUGCAGAGCCAAUGUUCUGGUGUCUUUUGUUCAAUGAUAACAUGCAUUGUUAUUAUACCCCCCAUUACCAUUGGUAAUGGGGGCUAUAUUGGAGUCACUUUGUCGGUCCGUCGGUCUGUCCCGAAAUUUCAUCCGAUCUUCACCAAACUUGGUCAGAAGUUGUAUCUAGAUGAUGUCUAAGUCAAGUUUGAAUACGGAUCAUGCCAGGUCAAAAACUACGUCACGGUGUCACUUAGUGUGUUUUAAACUGAAAGUUUGUCCAGACCAUAACUAUGUCAUUUAUUGUUAGAUUUUAAAAUGACAUGGUACAUUUGUUCACCAUCAUAGGUCGGUGUGUCGUGUGAAAAAGGUAUGUGGAUAUCUCAAAGGUCAAGGUCACACUUGGAGUUCAAAGGUCAAAUGCUUGUCCGGGCCAUAACUUUGUCAUUUAUUGUGAGAUUUAAAAAUCAUUUGGCAAAUUUGUUCACCAUCAUUGGACGCUGUGUCGCGCGAAAGAAUUAAGUCGAUAUCUCCAAGGUCAAGGUCACACUAUGAGUUCAACGAUCAUAAAUGAGCUUGUCCGGGCCAUAACUAUGUCUUUCAUUGUAAGAUUUUAAAAUCAUUUGACACAUUUGUUAACCAUCAUUGGACAGUAUGUUGCACGAAAGAAUUACGUCGAUAUCUCCAAGGUCAAGGUCACACUUUGAGUUCAAAGGUAAAAAAACGGCCAUAAAUGAGCUUGUCCGGGCCAUAACUAAGUCGUUUAUUGUGAGAUUUUAAAAUCAUCUGGCUCUUUUGUUCACCAUCAUUGGACGGUGUGUCGCGCGAAAGAAUUACGUCAAUAUCUCCAAGGUCACACUUUUAGUUUAAAGGUCAAAAAUGGCAAUAAAUGAUCUUGGCCAUAAGUAUGUCAUUCAUUGUGAGAUUUUAAAAUGACAUUAAUUUUGUUCACAGUCAUUGGACGGCGUGUCAUGUGAAAGAAUUAAAGAGUUCAAAGGUCAAAAUGGCUAUAAAUGAUAAUGGCAUAAUAAUUCUUAAAGAUUGCCAUAAAUUAGAUUCUCUUGUUUUUUGAAGACAGCAUGCAAAAUAGUCUGUGUCAAUGCGGCACGUGGGGGUAUAGGUCACGUCUGUGGCAAAGCUCUAGUUAUAUAUUCUAUCCUGUAAGCCCUCAUCAAAAUGUUUAGUGCUUGUAACUUUUGUAUUUCAUUUGUAUCAGCCUAUAGAGAAUACUAUGUUAGUGUGAUUGUGUACUUAAAUUUAUCCCACGAGUGAAGAAAAGUUUACAUGGCGAGGCUUGCCGAGCCUUGUAAGCCUUUCUGGGACCUCUACGUCCCCGAUUUUAAAGAAAUAAUGAAAAGAUCGCUAAAAAGCUGCAGUUUUACUGGGAAAGAAUAUGACUUUUGUCGUUUGACAUGUUCAUAAUGAUGUCAUGAGCACUCGCUCUUAAUAUUUGUAAAAAAUGUUUUUGGGUCCUAUUAUGUUCUAUGAAAUCAUUUAGCUGUAGGAUAAAAUGAUUAUUGAGCUUUACCCUUUACCUCUUAGAUACGUAUUUAACCCUUUACCACUUAGAAACGUAUUUAAUCCUUUACAACCUAGAUAUUUAUUUAAGCCUUUACCACUUAGAUACGUAUUGUAAGGCAUGUUUAGUCCCUUUGAAAGUUAAAUUCAACUAGAAAUGGCGCGGCAGAGGCCGACGCGUAUCCCCAUAUCGCAUAUUUGACCCAGGGGCGCCCCAGGGUUGGUAAAGGGUCCAUGCAUAGUUGAGAUCGAUCGUAUUGUCAUAAGAGAAGUUCAGUAUCAAUUAGAAGUGAAUCGGUGUAGAAAUAAAGAAGUUAUAGUAAAAGGCAAUUUUGGGUGGGCAUGGUCUAUGUGGGCGGGGCACCCCAGGGCUGGUAAUGCAUAGUUGAGAUUGACCGUAUUUUCAUAAGAGAGGUUCAGUAUCAAUUUGAAGUGAAUCGGUGUAGAAAUGAAGAAAUUAUAGUAAAUGGCAAUUUUGGGUGGGUGUGGUCUAUGUGGGCGGGGCGCCCCAGGGUUGGUAAUGGGGCCAUGCAUAGUUGACAUUGACCGUAUUGUCAUAAGAGAGGUUCAGUAUCAAUUUGAAGUAAAUCUGUGUAGAAAUGAAGGAAGUUAAUGUAAAAUAACAUAAAAAAUGAGUGAAAAUCCCAUAACUUUUGACCCAGGGGUCAGAUAAAAAUUCCAAAUAGUGCAGGGUCGCACAUAUGCUCAUAGCUACAAUGUGUGUAAGUUUCAAGGUUCUAGUGCUAAUAGUGUAGAAGGAGAUAGUGGCCAGGACAGACGGAUGGACUGACGGAGAUCAAUACAAUAUCCCCACUUUUUCUCCGAAAAGCGUUGGGAUAAUUCAAGACCUGUCUCACUAGAUUCGAGUUUUAUGGGCUUCAUUUCCAAGCCUUCGAUACUAAUGAGCAGCAAACAGCAUAAAACCUGAACAGACUGCAAGUUACUUAAAGGCUGUUCUGGUUUUAUGCUGUUUGCACAUAGCCAUUUUUACUUUUCCUCUGAGUGGGAAAGGGUUUAACAUUAAAGGUAGUUAAAAACUGCUGCAAAACACAACAAAUAUUAGUAAAUGUGCAAGCAAAACACACAAUCAUAAUAUAAAGUUAUUUGAGAAAUAAUCCUGAUAAAGGGUAAUUGUCCAAAUUGUGUUGAAAUAAAGAUCUAAAUAUUUUAUUUCAGUUUACAACUAUUAAGAGUAGACAUUUUAUUUCAUGAAAUUCAGGGACGAACACCAUGAAUGCUUUCUUUACAUGUUCAGUACUUAUUUAUGGUCAAAAUGUACUGUAGUGUUUUAACAGAUCUGGAAGUCAUGGAAAAUGGGUUGGCAGAAAAAGUCAUGUAAUUUGAUAAUUUAUAUAUUUUUUAAAAUAAAUAGUUUUAGUUUCUUAAAGAGAGAAAGGUAAAAAAGUAACAUAUUAUCCUCUGAUAGAUCUAUAUGCAGAGAUGAAAUAAAUUGAUAUACAUGUGACUCUCGCUCCUGGAAAAUGGUGCUAAAUGCAUGUGUGUUAAGUGUUGUCCCAGAUUAUCACGAGCAGUCAGACCUGAUUUAUCUUGGGCCAUACUUAUCGUCAAACUGGAUUUAUGCUAAAUAGAGACUUCCUUUUAAUGAAAAAAAAAACCAUAAAAGCAGAAUGUGUACCUGUCAACUCAGACUGCUUUGGCAAAUCUGGGAGAUAUUACAUUUAUGCAUUAAGCCCUUUUUCCAGAGAACACACAUGUAUAUCCAAACACAUCAUAGCAAUACUAAGUAGAUAUGUUUGCUGUAUAACGAUCUAUCACUGUGAACUUUAAAUGACGCUUAUUUGAUCAAUAUUAUUCUUAUCAAUAUAUAAAUAUAAUAUUGUAUGUUGUAUUAUACAUGAAACUGUUAUUACAUAAGUUUUAUUUCCUUAUUUAUAUAUUUUGCUUUUUGUCUGGUGGUUUAAUUUUUGAUGUGAUGAAAGAUUUCUAUUUCUAUUUCAUUGUACGAGUUUGAAAAGAAAGUGUACAUUUCUUCAAGCAUAUUUUUAUCAGGAGGUUUGUAAGGCUUGGAAUAAAUCGCCAUUUUUGGAAUGUGAACUAUUUCUAGGAUCUAUUUUGACAAACAGAUGCCUGUUUUUAUUCCCUCAAAAGAGGUCCUAUAGUGAUCGGACUGUCCGUCAGUCUGUCCGUCACACUUUGCGUUUAGGUUUCGAAAAAUGCUCAUAACUUCUAUGUCGCUUCAGAAAGCAAUUUUUGGCAUGCAUGUGUAUAUGGACAAGGCCUUUCCAUACGCACACAAAUUUUGACCCCUGUGACCUUGACCUUGAACUUAGGGUCUGCAUUUAGGCUUCAAAAUCUGUGUUAAGGUUUUGAAAAAUGCUCAUAACUUCUAUGUCCCUUGAGAUAUAACCUUCAUAUUUGGUUUGCAUGUGUAAAUGGACAAGGCCUUUCCAUACGCACACAAACUUUGACCCCUGUGACCUUGACCUUGAACUUAGGGUCCGCGUCUAGGUUUCAAAAUCUGCGUUUAGGUUUUGAAAAAUGCUCAUAACUUCUAUGUCCCUUGAGAUAUAACCUUCAUAUUUGGUAUGCAUGUGUAUAUGGACAAGGCCUUUCCAUACGCACACAAAUUUUGACCCCUGUCACCUUGACCUUGAACUUAGGGUCCGCGUUUAGGUUUCGAAAUCUGCAUUAAGGGUUCGAAAAAAGCUCAUAACUUCUAUUAAGCGUUUAUAGGGAGCAUGAGUCAUGAUAUGGUGACAGCUCUUGUUCACUCGAUAAUAGUAUACUUCAUGUUUAUUAAAAAACAAACAUUUCUUGUGUUUUUGCUUGCAAUUGCAAAGAAUUUAUUUUCCAUGGAACACAUCUGUACAUGAAUGUAAAAAGAAGUACAAAAUACCUUUGUAUUUAUAAAUGAUUCCAUUUCUUUAUGUAAAAGGCUUUGACAAAAUGAAUGUACCAUUCUGUAUUUUAAUAAGAAUGAUAUAAAUAAUGCUUUUCCUUUGUCAUUUUUGGGUUUCUUUAUAUAUGUAAAUUUUUCUGUUUCUGUAAUGUUUAUAUAUUAUGAUAUUGAAGAGUCAAAUAAAGUAAAUCAUACAUCGUU